AAGGUCAAUUGACUUGCAGAUGAAUGUGUGUUCAUAGGAAUUGGAAUACAAACCCUAGACUCGAGUGCUUAUAAUUUAUGAAAAGAUUAUCAUAACGCGAAUAUUUUUACGAAUAUUACACAAGCACAUUUGCGCCGGAUAAUAAAGCGUGAAAGUAUAAUGGCAAUAGUGCAGCAAGUAAGCAAAUGUUAUUAAAAUGCAGAAACUAUUAAGAAGUUCUGGUAACCUAAAAGUGUAAAUAUCAUCAAACAAAAUGUUUUACUGAAACGAUGAUGGAAUACGAAUACACGGCGUUUCGACGAGAGGUCGACCUGCAUAAUAAGUGCUGCGGCGGUUCGGUGUGGUGUAUUCGAGACAUUUGUGGAAUAAUCUGUGCAAUAUUAACAUGGAUGCUGAUACUGUAUGCAGAGUUUGUUGUGAUGAAUGUUAUUCUAUUACCAAGUUUUUAUCCAUUUUACAAAGUCAUUAAUAUGGUGAUAUUUCAAACAUUUGCCUUUUUGGCAUUUGCUUCACAUCUAAGAACUAUGUUCACUGAUCCAGGUGCAGUUCCAAAAGGCAAUGCAACAAAAGAAAUGAUAAAACAAAUGGGAUUUAGAGAGGGACAAGUAAUUUUUAAGUGUCCAAAAUGUUGCAGCAUUAAACCUGAAAGAGCACAUCACUGCUCUGUAUGUCAAAGAUGCAUCAGAAAGAUGGAUCAUCAUUGUCCAUGGGUAAACAAUUGUGUUGGAGAAAACAAUCAAAAGUACUUUGUUCUGUUCACAUUUUACAUAGCAGCCAUGUCUUUACACUCAUUAUUCUUGGCUGUAAAUCAUUUCAUGGUGUGCAUUCGACAUGAUUGGAAGGAAUGCUCAGCAUAUAGUCCACCUGCAACUGCAGUGUUCCUCCUAUUUUUAUCCUUUGAAGCACUGCUGUUUGCUAUCUUCACUGCUGUGAUGUUGGGCACACAAGUCCAAGCAAUCUGGAAUGAUGAGACAGGAAUUGAACAGUUAAAAAAAGAAGAGGCCAGGUGGGUGAAAAAGAGCAGAUGGAAAAGCAUACAAGCCGUCUUUGGGCGUUUUUCGAUCGGUUGGUUCUCGCCGUUUGCUAAGCCUACGCCGAAAUCAAAAUUCGAAAGCUUUUUGUAUUCCGUUUAACAACGGUAUUGCAAGCAAACUAAUGUCUAAUCUAAGUGAAAUCAACAAUGAGCAACAUAAUUUUAUUACAAAACAGAUUUCAUCUGAUUUAUUAAGUAAUUAUUGACAUGCAAUUUCAACUUCAGAGCAGUUUUAGACUGAGUAUGAAAACUGAAAGGCAACACUGUUUAUCAGCUCGUUUUAAUUUGUCCAUAAUCAAUAUUUUAGAGGUGUAAUAUUCAAAAUUAUCAGUCCUGACUCCUUUAAUAUUUAAUUUGCUCAGUGUAUUCAUUUAUAUUCAUAAAUAUUAGUCGAUUUGGUUAAUUAAUAGUUGAUGCACUAAAAACCAGGAAAAGGUGAACUUAUGUACAUUAGAAGAAGGGCAGGCAACCUUAUUUGAUAUUAAAUUAUAUUGUUAGCCUUAGCAAGCUAUGAUUGUAUGUAUAUUCUAUGCUGUAACAUGAACCUGAUCCAAUUAAAAUGUUAGUGGACACUAUACAUAGCUUAUUAACAGUGUUGCAACAAAUGGCUCUAUAUUUUACUCAAAACUUUUUACAUUAUUUAUUAUUAUAAUUUUUAAAGUUCAUUGAAAGCACUGAAUUAAUUAAUAAUAGUAAUAAACGAAAUGCAAGAUAGCAUUACUAUAAUUAGUCAAAUUUUAAACUAGUUAGUUGAGAGUUCAAAUAUUAUCACUGCUGAAAGUAGAUAUGAAUGUGUUCUGAUGUAAAUGAGAUUGAAAAUUUGAUUUAAUGGCAUUAUCUAUAGUAUAUUAAAAUAAUGAUCUAUAGUAAGUUAAAACCUG